UAGUCUCAAUCUCUCUCUCUCUCUCUCUGCCCAGCCCAAGAAUAUUUUCAUUCCUUCAUUGCCGCUUGGUCUUUUCAAAAUCGAAGCUCCUCAAACAUCCCCCCCCCCCCCCCUCUCUCUUCUCUCUUUCUCUCUCACUCUGUAAAUAUAGACACAGGUAUCGGCUUGUUUGUUAAAAUGGACCCUGUAGCUUCUGUAGUUGACAAACUGAGAGGGUUUGCAAAAUCAACCCAAGACCUUGCUACCGGCGUCCUUCAUUGGCGUGACAAUUCAAAUCGCCGUAAUCCGGUAGCAACAAGCUGUAUGAUGGGGCUUUACAACUCUUCCAAUGAUAUGAUUUUCAGAUUGAAAUCUUGAAGCGGUUGCAGCGUGAGGCAUUUUCAGAUCUCAUGAUACUUAGGGACAGGCAAGACAAGGUGGAGCGGAUGCUUUCCUUCUAUAAGUCUUCAAAGGGAAGUCCAUUCCAAGAAUCCAGCACCCUUGUGAGGGGAGAGGUUGACGUCUUGGGGGCACUAUUAAUGAUGGAUAAUGUUGAUGAACAGAAACGUGAUGCAGUCCGUAGAGCGGGGAUCCGAACUGGUAUUGAUUUGAGGUUCACUUUUGAAACCACCGUCCGGCAGAAAGAUACUCUUGUAACCGAGUUUGUGGCCAGUGAAAGAGGUCAAAAUGAUGUUCUACGCAGCCCACUUUCACUAGCAAAAGUGCUUUAUGCAGCAGAUGUUAGUGAUUGGUUCUCUGCUGUUGCAGUCCCAGUGGGAGCUCGAUGCAGAGAUGUUGCAAUUACUACAAAUUCUUCUGAUCAGGGCAAAGGGCUUACUGAUUAUUCAUUGCUUGGACCUCCACUGUUGAAUCAACAGAUCGGUAGUGGUAUUGGUUUUAUUGUGAGAAAAUCAAAUGUGGCUGCUUCUUUGGCUCAGUUUAUCUCCGGACAUGGAGUGCAAUCUGUUUCUGCUGGAGUCAUCCGUUGCUUCAGUACGUUUGGCCAAGUUGUCUACCAACUUCCAAGAAAUACAAAACUCUUUCUUUCGGGUAUACACCAAGUGCCUAAAUUGUCUAGUCAACAGGUCAGUCUCGGAGCCAUUGCCAUGCCAGUUGGCAUACUGAGACGACGUCCUGAAACAUUUGGGGAGGCUUCUGGUUUAUCAACUGGAAGAAACAGAGAGGGAGAUGUCUUGGCUGGGUCUAUUGCAUUGAUGCUUGAGUCGGAGCUUGACGAGAGUACGAGAAUAGGAGGUUGGGUUGAGAUGAAAAAAUCCAAUCCCCGAUGUCUGCAAUGGGCUGUCAACAUGUCCGAUACCCCUGAAGAUGAUUUCGGAUGGGGUUUGAGCUUGGGCGGGUUGGUCCAGGGGCCAAGAAGUUGGGACCAUUUUCAGGUCGAGACGUUUCUGAAAUUUAAAGUUGGUAAGAGAUUAGGCUUACAGCCCGGUCUUGUCUAUGUAAUGGAUGGAACAAGCCAAUUUCCUGCUCUCAUGUUUCGGUCUACCUGGUCUAUGUGAUUAUGAUCACUUUUUUGAAUCUCCUUCCCCGUCGAGGUCCCCAUUUUUCUAGGAAGGGCAUUUCUUCUUACUACAGCGACAAAGGCAUCAAAGCAGAUUGUCUCUCUUCUCUCUUCUCUCUGUUCUUCAUCGAAGUAGCCAAGCCAUCGUAGCAGCCAAGCCAAUCACUGUAUUUGGAUCUGGAUCUGUAGCUGUGCUGCCUUCUUCUUUUUUCUCCAGAAUUGCCUUUUCUUGGGUGUUUGAAACUUGAAUUAGAGAACUAUAGUGGAAAUUUUACAUUAUAAUAUUAGUGAACUAUGUUGAUGACUUGAAU